AUGCUGACCCCAACAGCCUGCAAGAUCUUCCGCUUCUGCAAUGAAUCCUGCCACCAACGCGGUCUUACCAUCCACUUCCCCUACUGCAUUCCAUCAGUAUCACUGAGAGAAUCCAAAUCUCUGGCCGUCAAACCCAAAUGCCCAACGUCCGCACGAGACCAAGCAAUCUCGAAGAUCCGCCGCUUUGGUAGCCACCGCGCCGUCAACGUCACCGCCAGCUACACAUUCUAUCUGGACCCACGCAAUUUCACCACAUUCCGUAUGCGUCUCAACUCCUCCGCCAACACCGUCAUCCUCUUCUCCCUGGAUUCCGACAUCCAAUACGCCACUAUCGAUACCUCAUCCUCCAUGGCUGCCGGCUUCCGAGGUAUCCAAUGGCUCUCCCCAGACCGUCAAGAAGCAAUCUGCUAUGUUCCCGCAGAAGCAGAAGCGGAGCCAGAGGCGGAAUCCUCCCGUUCUUCCCCUUCCCCUUACCAGUCGCAGUCCCAGCCACAGUCACGAUAUGUUCUCGUCACCCCCGGCAGGGAGAUGUUGAAAUCCUUCAUUGAGAAACGCAUCACGGUGCGCAGCGGAGGCGGCGACGGGGAACGCUUUCGGAGCCUCGAGUUGCCGGAUUCAGAACUCAUCGAGUAUGCACAGGGCCUCCUGUUGACGGGGUACUUGGGGGAGGCGUUUAUGUAUGUUGUUGAGUGGGUGUGGAAAUGA